AUGUGUUAUGAAAUGAAUAAUAGUUCUAAAACAAGAGAAAAUACAAGAAAAAAACAAAGAAGACCAGCACAAAUGUGGACAGCAGAAGAAGAUGAUUUACUUCUUCAAGGAGUUAAAACUUAUGGGAUUAAUCAUUGGAAAGAUGUUAGUUCUAUGGUUUUAGGAAGAACUCGGAAACAAUGUAGAGAACGAUAUUUUAAUCAUCUUGAUAAUGGGAUUAAAAAAAAAGCGUUUUGGUCAAUUGAAGAAGACCGAAUUAUUGUUAAGCUCCAAAAAGAAAUUGGAAAUAGAUGGACUGAAAUUUCAAAAUAUCUUCCAGGAAGAGCACCUAAUUCAGUCAAAAACAGAUAUUUUUCAGCAUUAUUUAAAAAUCAAACAACAAAGACUGAAAAUGAUAUACAUAAAGGAGAAGGACCAAAAAGUGUAUUUAAGCCUGUAGAUCGACAUUUGUAUGAUGUGAUGUAA